CUCUCCCUCCCUAUAAAUGCCAAUCGACACCCACGAGAGAAGGCCCAUGACACAGCAGCCACCUCCCAUGACAUCUUCCUACAUGUCUACCUGAUUCCUAUCUUCUUCGGCAAAUCUGUAGCUGACCGAGUCGAAGUCCUCUAAGCCUUUUAUGCCGAGAAUAUAUCUACUAAGAUACAUAGUCUCUCCAUGGCAAGACACUUGUUUUCUUCACUGCCAAAAAAUGAAGAAGGCUGUUUCUUUCCUUGGCAGAUGAGUAUCGUUCUUGCAGCACUACCGAAGGCCAAAACCUUGGCUGUCAAGAAGACCAGACUCAUGUUUCUUGGGAUGCUGUCGAAGAGGAAGGUCCUAGCGAGUGCAAUCUCCAACAAGAUCCAUGCACUGAAGGGCCACGACAGAGGUGGAGGAUCUGGCCACGCUCUCGGGGGCUACAGCAAAGCGAUAGUGAUGUAUAAUGCUGCCAGAGAGGAGGUGUUCUCGAGUCCAGCUGAUCAUAGGGAGUCGCUCGAGUAUGUCGAAGAAGACGAGUAUCCUGACUUGGCACACACUCUCUUUGACUUGGACGAUGAACCGAUCGACAAUCCGUGCUCUGUCAUGGAUUUGGUUCGAGGCUCUGGAGAGGACGGCUUGGAAUUCAACCUCGAGAAUGAGAUCGAUCAUGUUGCCGAUGUAUUCAUAAGGAGAUUCCGCAGGGAGAUGAGGUUGCAGGAGCAGGAAUGAUUGAGAGGAGACCUCAGGAGAAGAGAGACUGCAUCAAGAUGAGCUACACGCUGAUCUCCAGGAGAAAAAGGUCAAAGAGAAGAGAAUCUGAAAUGAUAAUUUGGAUCGGCUUAUGAUUUCCAAUAUCUUCUUCCACGUUAAGCUGAACCGAAGAACAAGCUACAAGCAGCCAAAUUGCUACGUCCACAGAUUAUAUAUGCUGUCAACUUUAGUAUGCCUCUUAAUGGUGUUGAUGAUGAUCAUGUUUGAUACUUCAACAUGGUAUAAGAUCCUUAA